GCGGCGGCGAUGAGCGCGGUGAACCUGACCAACGUGGCGGUGCUCGACAACCCCACCUCUUUCGUCAACCCGUUCCAGUUCGAGAUCUCCUACGAGUGCCUCGUCGCCCUCGAGGACGAUCUGGAGUGGAAGCUUAUAUAUGUUGGAUCAGCUGAAGAUGAGAAUUAUGAUCAGCAACUUGAGAGUGUGCUGGUUGGCCCUGUGAAUGUCGGGACAUACCGUUUUGUUCUGCAGGCUGACCCUCCGGAUCCCUCAAAGAUCCGGGAGGAAGACAUAAUUGGUGUUACAGUGCUCCUGUUGACUUGUUCGUACAUGGGGCAGGAGUUCAUCAGAGUAGGUUACUACGUGAACAAUGACUAUGAUGAUGAGCAACUCAGAGAAGAACCCCCAGCGAAGCUGCUGAUUGACCGGGUGCAGAGAAAUAUUUUGACUGACAAGCCCCGAGUCACCAAGUUCCCCAUCAACUUCCAUCCUGAAACCAGCGCAGGACAGCAGCAAGAGCAGCCACAAUCAGCUUUACCUGAAAACCAGGCAGGCGAAGGGGGCAAGCCCACCAACACGGAUCCAUGAUCGGAGUUGAAAACUUGGAAUGUCAAAAUUUUGAGCUGCAUGCCUACUAGGACAGUACUGCAAGUCCUGGGAG